UGGUCAAAAGGCAAUAUGGCAGUAAAGUAGGUUAGUGUAGUUAAUUUUAUCAUCCGUUGUAUGAGGCAGAUUUGUUCGUUGUGUUUAAAUAUACUUGAAAACUAUUGCAGAUAAUUAUGAUGUGUUAUUCUUUGACGUGCUGAACGAAAUGUAAUAUUUUUAAAGAAAGUGUUUGUAAUUGACUGAUGAUGGAUAUGCAUGUAUUUUAUGUAUUUAAUUUACAUGCACAGAUGUAUUGUCCCUUUCUGUACUUGAUACGUAACGUGUGUUAAAGCUGCCCAAGGCUGUGAUAUGUUCAUGGACUUGAGAAGAAUUCGAUGUGGUUCUCAAUAUAAACACUCGCGAUUUGAAUUCAGAAAAAUAAAUAUAUGGAUAGUUUUCAAGGUGCAUCAAUUUUUGAUAUAUCAGAUACAGCAGAAAGAUGUUUUAUAGGUUAUGAAGCAUUAUUUCGGCAAACAAAGUUGAAAAUUGGAUACAGUUGCUACUUUACACCAGGUUCGUUUUUACACAUAGGAAUGGAAAAUCAUGGCAGCGAUGCUGAUGAUGAAGUUACAGAUGUGUCUGGAGAAUAUCAUAAUUCAUCAAACGAACUUAGUUUCGUUCCAAAUGAGUAUUAUAUAUCAAGUGGUUCAAAGCCUUUAUCAUUAGUGAUUAGAAGAUGUAGUAUUCCCACAACAGAGAACAGUUUUUCAUCAGUUCUGAAGAGACAUUCUGUUGGAUCAUCACCAUUUACCAAGGAGUCAAAGAUAACUUCAAACAGUGAGGUUUUGAAUUUGGAAAGGGAAGUGAAUGAUUCACACUUCCAGAAGGAAGUCAGAAUUACCUGUAAUGCCAUCAAUUCGAAUGUAGAAGAAUUUGAUAAUUGCCUAGUGUCAUCAUCAUCAGGUGUAGGUGUCAGAGGCCUUCAGGAAGUAAUUUUGAGUUCGUCCCAAGAAAGCAGUCACUCCGUUGUGACUCAUGAGUACAUGGAAACUGUUAUAAAUGGAAAUGCCUUACGUGAAGAAAUCUGUGGCACACGCAAUGAUGAAAGUGGCCUUAAUUGUUAUUACACACAUGGCAGUACAUUACUUCAGUCAAAGCCUCUGUUUAAAAACUGUCGCAGUGACAAUGCAGAUGUACAGCAUUCAGUAUCUCCAUUUUGUUGUAGGGUCACAUGUGGAAUGAUGGAUAGUGCCACAAUUGAUAACAAAAAUCAGCAUUCACCACAUCCAUUGGAAAAUUCUGAGAAUACUCUGUCCUUGAUACAGAAAGGGGAACUAAUUAUUCAUAGAUUGUUUGAGGGCAUGCCAGGUAGAAAUAUAGUGGAGAGUACUGUUAGAAUUACAGAAAAUGAAGGGUGCCAGGAAAUAAAUUCAGUGGACACUAGCAAAUAUGAAUUAAAUAUUCCAGCUACUGUAAUGUUGGACAAUGACGUACUCCACAUGAAUAAAUAUUCUGAAUAUGCAGUAAACAUGAAUGACUUAAACUUAAAAACACAGUCUGAAACAUUUUCUGUAGGAGGAGAAUCAGUUGUAGAAAGCACUGUGAUGGAGUCUCCAGUUAACAAAAUAUGUGAGGCAGAGGGGAUAUCUAUAGUUGGUGACAGUUUAAAAUUCCAAAGCAGUGAAUCAGCAUUAUUACACAUUAAAGUUGGAGACAAAGUUGAGUUACAUAACCAAACUGAAAGAGGCAGUGAAGUGAGCACAAUUAUAUGUCAUAAUACUGAUGUUUCAGUGGGCAGAAAUUUAUUUGAUGAGGAAGACCACACUGCACAUACAGAAGAAAGUGGUGACAUUGAAAGUUCUGAAGUAAGCUUUGAUGGGAGCAGAACUUCUCUCCAGAUUGAUACAUUAAAAUCUGAAACACAGAAUAAAAUUGUCCAUAAGCCUGAUAUGUUACAGAAAAUUGAUCACAGUGUAGAAAAAAUUAAAGCAAACACACUACAACAUGUAUCUGUAUCUCCAACUUUAGUAGGAUGUGCACAGUCUUCCCCUCACUUUCAAAAUUCUGAAAACAGUGUCCCAGUGAUCAAUACUGAAAACAAACAGACUCUGUCAGUAGAUGAUGAUAUUCAUGUACAGAAAUGUAUGCAGUAUUCAUUUGACAAUGAGGGGGAACUAAGAACAGAGUCUGGCGUUUGUUAUAAUUCCAAAUAUCCGAUUUCAUCCGUAGGGCCGAAUGCAUUUCUGAUUUCUGGUGACAUUACAAAAGAACAAUCAGUGAAUAUAAAAACUGUAAAUGAUAUGAAAACAAAAGUCACCAAAAAUUUAGCCUGCAGUUCAGUUUUAGUGGAUGAAUCAUCAGAAAAUAUAGUGGAAGUAGCAAGUGCAGAUUGUCAUAGAGAUCAGUUCUUUAAAGCAAGUAAGACUGAUGUGUCACAGUCACAUAGCAGUUCAGUUCUUCUUCAAUUGCACACUGAAGUUACAUUGGAAUGUUCUUAUAAUAAUGUGUCUUCAGAUGCUGUUUAUGUUGAACAUUCACCACUUCUGUUCAGUUCAGAUGAUGAGAAAUCAUAUUACACAGAAGCAGAUAGUAAUGAACUGGAAACAAUUGCGACAACAUCAAAUUAUGACAAAAUCAAUAUAAUUGAACAGAAGAGAUUACAUCAACUUCAAGAAGCUUUACAAGGUGUUCCCCCACCACCAUCAGUUACAAUUCCACAGCUCAAUGUAACAGAUAUUCUUAGGUUAUUGAAAGAAAAUGAAAGUCUAAUGAUUACAGUAGAUGCAGAAACUGAAGACAGUAAGAAAUUGAUUGGAAAAGAAGCUGUAGAGUCUCAGAAAGCUCCAUUGAUACCAUCAUUUGUAGAACAAGUGAAUAAUUCUUCAUGGCCAGAAUCAAAAUAUUGCUGUUAUCAUGGUAUUCAUUAUAACCGUGGUAAGAUUUCAGAAGAAUUUGAAAUUCUCUGCCAGAAAUUACAAGAACGUUAUGUUGGCUGUGAGACCACUUCAUCUUGCAGUUUAUGGUUUAAUUGUGAUAUUUUAAAGAAAAUUAAUAACAUUAGCAGUCGGCAUAGGAGCACUGGUCAGUCACCAGGCAGACGUUUGAGUCAUCUGGCACGCAGAAGGAAAACAUUUUCCAGUGCUAAUUUGCUCAACAACAGCGUUGCAGGACAAUUAUCAGGUAGUCGUAAUUCUGCUGCUUUGGAACGGCGUCUCAUCAUGGUAGAGAUCAAGAAAUCAGAACAUCGGCAGAAGUCCAAGAAUAAUCAUCCUCAUAAACAGGUGUCUUCUGCUGAUUGUAACAGGCUGCAGCAGACUAAAAGGGCCUUAUUUAAGAGUCCACCCAAUAAACACCAAAGAAUAUCUUCUAGUUCAGAAUCUAGAUCAGGAUCAAAAAAAAAUAAAAGUGAUAUUGAUCGAACUAGAGUUCAGAACUCAAAACGUGCGCUUUGGCCAAGCACUUCUAAAGAUAAUGCUCCAGUGAAAUCAGGGGAUGAUGGGGCAUUUACUAAUCUCAGUGGACAGACCAGUGUGUAUGGGAAAAGGACAAGGGAAGAGAGUGGCAUGCCUGCACAGUAUAAAAAGUGUCCUCGAAGAAUGCUGUUUGUCGAUGGGGCAGUAAAAGGAAAAAGUGACUUCAAGAGUCAAAGGGUUAGAACAAGUGAAAACAAACCACAAGUUUCCUCAGUUUCAAGGGACCUAACUGGUGGCUUAAGUGAUGUGCAUAGAAAGAAAUUGCUUUGGGCUGUAGCCGAAGCCCUUCGAGCAGAAGGCAUCAGCAUGAGUCAUCCUUUAUUCCGUCCCUCUGCUGCUUCAUUGGCACGAUUGGUGCUUAAUGUUAUGCCAGAUUUAAAGUGCAGGCAAUUUGGAAGUACAAGUGAUAUCAUGUUACAACUUGCCAGAGAACAUAUUAAGGAUGUUAUAAAAGAACAGCAACUUAGGGAGACCAAGGUAAAGAAAAGCAUAUAGUUUGCAAAGUGGUAUAUUAAAGUGUAAACAUACUCAGGGCUAUCCCACCAUGUUUGUAUGAAUUUUGUAUGUUCCAGUGUGCCAUAAUCAGUUUCAUGUAUUUUAAUUAACUUGGUCAAUAGAUGUCGAAGACAAAAUUGACACAGAUCUCUAACUGAAGAGUUUAUUGAAUUUUGUGUUUGCUUAUGUAUUAGAGUUAUCUCUUAAUACUGAUAUUUUAAUUAAUAUAUUUUGGAUGAAUAUGAUUAUAGUAAAGAAAAUCAUCUUCAGAAGUUCUGAGAUUCACAUUUCUCAUUAUGAUGAAUAUGUUAUUAUAGUCUUCUGGAUUGUAUCACUGUACAAUGUUAUACAACAUUUUGGGGUACCAUUUUACCUCCAUCUUCAUGGUUCCUUCAGAGCAUUGGUAAUACCUACAAGACUACAUGUUGUCACAACACAGAAGACCACAGUGUAUCUUUUCAAAGGUGGCUUUAUUCAUUCAAACUCAUUCAGAUGUGGAAAUCAUGAACCCAUUUUAUUAAGUAAACAUGUUUUAAUAAUGUUACAGUGUACAGUACAGUUUUACAUAGUAAAAGAAGCAGAACACUUUUAAAGUAAAGUGCACAAAGACAACAUUAUGAGGUACUGUGUGUUUCAGCAUUGACUUUUUUUAAUGAGAGACUGUUAACAUAGUCAGUAAGUAGAAAUAAAAUUUAUUUACUGUUGAGUUUGACAACUUGGUUUCAGAGUAGACUUCAUUGAAUUUAGUCGUUGUGAAAACAAUAGAUUUUAUCACUUUGUUGUUUGUAAUGGGAAAUAUGAUGGGGGUAGUGGGAGCUGUGUUAUGUCUGAAGGUUGCUGAGUUGCAGAGAACAGUUACAUGCCGCAGCUAAAGAUUUUGAGUUGCUUAGAGUUUCUGCUUUAUUAACCUAUCUCUUUAAAUCCGUAAUUUCUUUCAGUUUAUUUGACCAAAUCCACAGCACCAUUUACUUGACACUGGUCUCAUGCAGAACAGACCUACUUACAUUAUUCAUAAGAAUAUGCUUUUAAUGGUUGUGGGAGCAUACAAACCCUUGUUGCAGUAGAUAUUGCUGUUAUGGUUUGUGUUUAAACUUGCACCUACAGAUAUUUUGAAUGUGCUUAAGUUUAGCAUAGUGUUUAUGAUUUUUUACACAACCCAGGGAUCAGCAAGGUGUAAUUAUGAAAACUACAUUUUCUUAUUGUUCAUUUAAAUGUGCUUGAAUACAUACAUAUGCUCUGUUUUGUUGCACAUAUUGGGUUAUAAAAUUAUUUUUCAUGUUUAUUUUACUCCAUGUCUUUAUGAGACAAAUGCUUGAUGUACCUUCAGUUGAGAUAAAGUUUUGGGAGAAAAAUAUACUAUUACAUAAGCAAAGGCAUACUUGUUUGCAACUUCAUUGUUUGUUCAUUGGGAGACAGUCAUUGGGCAUGUAUAAUAAGAUACACUGUAUUUUUUGUAGAAAUAUUUCUAAAAUAGUUACAUUGUAAUAAAUGUGUUUUGUUCAUGGUAAUUUGUUUGCUGGUGUGAUUUAAACAAUUGUGAGAUCAUGAUUUAUUUGUAUCAAAGAUAAUAAAACUAUGGAAAGCAUUAAAUGUUAAAAUAAACCCAAGUAUUUUUCAACAUUGA